AGGGCUUCCGCAAGGGCUGCAGGCUGCAGCACAGGUUGUGCAGUCCCGCACUCUCACCAGCAACACUCAUGCACGACCUGACGAGCCCCCCGCUCCUAUAAAUUGCGUGGCCGGGAUCUGCGGACUACACCGCGCAUACAUUCGACCUCUUUCGGUUCGUCGGCCUCCUGAACAAUAGCAUCAGCACAACUGCACAAGAGCAUCACUACCACGAAAGAAAUGGCGGCCGAGACGUUCCUCUUCACUUCCGAGUCCGUGAACGAGGGCCAUCCCGACAAGUUGUGUGACCAGGUCUCCGACGCCGUCCUGGACGCCUGCUUGGCCCAGGAUCCUGACAGCAAGGUUGCCUGCGAGACCUGCACCAAGACCAACAUGGUCAUGGUCUUCGGUGAGAUCACCACCAAGGCCACCGUGGACUAUGAGAAGAUCGUGCGUGACACCUGCCGCGACAUUGGCUUCAUCUCUGACGACGUCGGUCUCGACGCCGACCAUUGCAAGGUGCUCGUCAACAUCGAGCAACAAUCCCCUGACAUUGCCCAGGGUGUUCAUGGACACUUCACCAAGCGUCCAGAAGAGGUCGGCGCCGGUGACCAGGGCAUCAUGUUUGGCUAUGCCACGGAUGAGACCCCUGAGCUGAUGCCCCUCACCCACAUGCUUGCCACCAAGCUCGGAGCUCGCCUCACCGAGGUCCGCAAGAAUGGCACCUGUGCCUGGCUGAGGCCUGAUGGAAAGACCCAGGUCACCAUUGAGUACCUAAAUGAGGGUGGUGCCAUGGUGCCUGUUCGUGUGCACACCGUCCUCAUCUCCACCCAGCAUGACGAGACCGUCACCAACGAUGAGAUCGCCGCGGACCUCAAGGAGCACGUCAUCAAGCCGGUGAUUCCCGGGAAGUACCUCGAUGAAAACACCAUCUUCCACCUGAACCCGUCUGGUCGCUUCGUCAUCGGCGGCCCUCAUGGCGAUGCCGGUCUCACCGGCCGCAAGAUCAUCAUCGACACCUACGGUGGCUGGGGAGCCCAUGGCGGCGGCGCUUUCUCUGGCAAGGACCCGACCAAGGUCGACCGCAGUGGCGCCUACAUUGCCAGGCAGGCCGCCAAGAGCAUCAUCGCCAGCGGUCUCGCACGCCGCUGCAUUGUGCAGAUCUCAUACGCAAUCGGUGUACCUGAGCCUUUGUCUGUGUUCGUCGACUCCUACGGCACCGGCAAGAUCCCCGACAGGGAGAUCCUCAAGCUCGUGAAGGAGAACUUUGACUUCAGGCCCGGGAUGAUCAGCAUUAACCUGGACUUGAAGAAAGGUGGAAAGAGGUUCAUCAAGACAGCUGCUUAUGGUCACUUUGGCCGCGACGAUGCCGACUUCACCUGGGAGGUGGUGAAGCCCCUCAAGUUCGACAAGGCAUCUGCCUAAGAAGAAGACAUCACAGUGGGGUUAUUCUUGGUCUGCUGCCACUCUAGUUCAACAAUCCUUUGGCUCCUGGGAAGUAAGAAGAAGCAUUCGACAUCACCGCGUCUGGCUGCACUGGUCUUGCCGUCUAGUGAUCAGUGCUAAGUUUUCGUACUGGUGUAUCAUUUCAUAUAUUUUUCAUUUUCUUUUUGAGUGUGCUGAAACUGCUGAGUGAUGUGCAGUUUGCUCUGUCACUCGCUCCGUCACUUUCACUUUUCAUAUUCUGUUUUGUGUAGUUUCCCCUCAUAAAGCUCUUUCUUCCAGAGUCUAAAGAGCCUUGUGUAAUUCUGUUGCCCUGUCCUUCCCAAAUUGUGAUUCUUCUAAGCAGCACUUUGUAUACUGUUCAAGGUUUUUAAUCAUGGUUUGUGCAAUUGGUAAA